AUGGCUUUCAAGAAAAUCGAUGUUAAGACCCCAAUUGUCGAAUUGGACGGUGAUGAAAUGACCAGAAUCAUCUGGAAAUUGAUCAAAGAUUUGUUGAUCUUGCCAUUCCUCAACGUCGAUUUGAAAUACUACGAUUUGGGUAUUGAAUACAGAGACCAAACUGACGAUAAGGUCACUACCGACUCUGCCGAAGCCAUCUUAAAGUAUGGUGUUGGUGUCAAGUGUGCUACCAUUACCCCUGAUGAAGCCAGAGUUAAGGAAUUCGGCUUGAAGAAGAUGUGGUUGUCUCCAAAUGGUACUAUCAGAAACAUCUUGGGUGGUACUGUUUUCAGAGAACCAAUUGUCAUUGACAACAUCCCAAGAAUUGUCCCAACCUGGGAAAAACCAAUCAUCAUUGGUAGACACGCCUUUGGUGAUCAAUAUAAGGCCACUGACUUGGUUAUCCCAGGUGCUGGUGAACUUAAGCUCGUCUACACUCCAGAAGACGGUUCUGCUCCACAAGAAAUCCCAGUUUAUAACUACAAGGGUGCUGGUGUUGCUUUGGCCAUGUACAACACCGAAGAAUCCAUCACUGCUUUUGCUGAAUCCUCUUUCAAAUUGGCCUUGGACAGAAAGUUGCCAUUGUACUCUUCUACCAAGAACACCAUCUUGAAGAAGUACGAUGGUAGAUUCAAGGACAUUUUCGAAGAAAUGUACGCUGCCAAAUACCAAAAGGACUUCGAAGCCGCUGGUAUCUGGUACGAACACCGUUUGAUCGAUGAUAUGGUUGCCCAAAUGAUCAAGUCUAAGGGUGGUUAUAUAAUAGCCAUGAAGAACUAUGAUGGUGAUGUGCAAUCUGAUAUCGUUGCCCAAGGUUUUGGUUCUUUGGGUUUGAUGACCUCUGUCUUGAUGACUCCUGACGGAAAGGCCUUUGAAGCCGAAGCCGCUCAUGGUACGGUCACCAGACACUACAGAAGACACCAAAUUGGUGAAGAAACUUCAACCAACUCCAUUGCCUCUAUCUUUGCUUGGUCCAGAGGUAUCAUCCAAAGAGGUAAGCUCGAUGGUACUCCUGACGUCGUCAAGUUUGGUGAAGUUUUGGAAAAGGCCACUUUGGAAACCGUUUCCAAGGAUGGUAUCAUGACCAAGGACUUGGCCUUGACCAGAGGUGAAACCGCUAGAGAAUCCUAUGUCACCACCCAAGAAUUCAUUGAAGCUGUUGCCAAGAGAUUGAAUGCUGAAUUGAGUGCUUAA